CCUUAUUUGCGCUGACACAGGACUGUACCAUCAGCAUCAGCUCCAUGGCUUCCUACUUUGAUGAACACAACUGUGAACCCACCGUCCCUGAGGAGCAGUAUCGGCAGAAUGCCCUGCUGGAGCUUGCCAGGAGCCUCCUUAGUGGGAUGGAUAUUGAUCUUGGAGCUGUGGACUUUACUGAAUGGGACCAGAGGCUUCCACCCCCAGCUUCCAAAAAAGUGGUGGAGAGUUUACCCAAAGUCACUGUUACACCAGAACAAGCAGAUGCCGCAUUGAAGUGUCCUGUGUGUCUGCUGGAGUUUGAGGAGGGAGAGACUGUCCGGCAGUUACCCUGUGAACACCUUUUUCACUCUGCAUGCAUACUGCCCUGGCUUGGGAAGACCAAUUCGUGCCCUUUAUGCAGGCAUGAGCUUCCCACUGACAGCCCAGACUAUGAGGAGUUCAAGCAAGAAAAGGCACGGAGACAGCAGAAAGAACACCGGCUGGAAUGUUUGCAUGGUGCCAUGUACACCUAAGGAAUGGAUCGGUAUUCAGUGGAUCUUUUUUAAUAAUUUCUCAAACCUUUGAAUUACUUCUGUAGCAGAACAUUGUAGGACAGGAAUAUUCACUUAUCCCUCGUGCUGCUGUUCAACAACAACUUCCAGUCUUUCUUCACAACGUAGGGUUUAAACUUAGCAUCAACCAGAUGAAAGACCUCCGUGUUUUUCAGCUUUGUAUAAUGCUUUAUUCCUUUUAUUCUGCUGAAAAAAAUUUGGAGUAUUUUUAUUUUUGUGAAAAAACAAAGUAUCCAAAACGACUUCUCUGUUCGGGGGGGAUAGUAAUCCAGUCAAUAACUUAUGGAAAUGAGGAAUCCUGUGGAUGCUGGAACCAUUUUAUGGACCAAAAUUGCUCUUUUCUACAUUAAAAGGCAAUAAUGACGUGUAAAAAAAAAAA